CGAUAAGAUUUUUUAUAGAUAAAUAGACAAAAUGAUAAGAUAAAAAAUGGAGAAAUUAGUGGAUUUUUUAGAGGAUAAAUAUGAGAUUAUAGAGACAAAGAAAUUUAUUGAAGAAAAAGGAUUUGAACGUGUGGCAUUGCAGUUUCCAGAUGAGUUGUUAAAAGAUGCAGCAACAGUACUUGAAAAGCUUAAAUCAGGGUUAAAGGCGUCAUUUUAUAUCAUAGGAGAUACAUUUUAUGGGGGUUGUUGUGUUGAUGAAAUAGAGGCACAACAUGUGGAUGCAGAUUGCAUUAUUCAUUAUGGACAUGCAUGUUUAAGCGUAACAACACGAUUGCCAGUCAAAUAUGUGUUUGAUAAGCUGCCGUCAUUAUUCAAUAUAGACAAGCUUUUAUGUAGAUUUAAGGAGGUAUAUACAGUGGAGGAUCAAGUAAUUUUGGGGGGGAAGCCUUGUUAUACAUAUAUACUAGAAACUAUUUUAUCUGAAUUAAAAUCAUUUGGAUACAAUGAAAUUAUCAAAGGAGAUGGGGAAUAUAGUGCAAUAAAUAUUAUGAAAACAAUUGGAGAAGCAAUUGUAGCAGAUGAUAAGCAACGAUUAGAUUUAUACAAAAAAUGGUCAAUAUUUUAUAUUGGUGAAGAAUCAUCAGGAUUAACGACAUUUGCAAUGACAUGUUAUUCUCAUGUUAUGUCAUUUUAUUCAUAUGAUCCUAUACAGGAUAAGGUUAUACAUCAAUCUCCAAUUAGUAAUAUACAAUUGCGUCGUAGAUAUGCAAUUAUUCAAAAAACAAAAGAUGCAUCAAUAAUUGGGAUUGUUGUAGGAACAUUAGGGGUUUCUAAAUAUUUACAAGUAACUUAUUAUUUACGAGAAAUGAUUAAAAAAGCAGGAAGAAAAAGUUAUAUGUUUAUAAUAGGAAAAUUAAGUCCUGAAAAAUUAGCAAAUUUUUCAGAAAUACAAGUAUUCGUAUUAGUUAGUUGUUGGGAAAAUUCACUUAUACAAUCAAAGGAUUUUUAUCGUCCAAUUAUCACACCAUAUGAAUUGUAUUUAGCUUUAUCAUCAGAAACUUGGAACAAUCAAUGGAUCACUGAUUUUUCUACCAUACUUUCUUUAGAUUUUAAAAAUGAUAAUUUAAUUGAAAAAGAACCUCAAUUUUCUUUAGCUACUGGACAUCUUGUACAACCAUCUAUUAUAAAUGAUAAUGAAAUAUCAAUUCAAAAUAAUUCUUUAUUAAAUAAUCAUGGAAAUAUUAUAGAAUCAAAUAAAAAUACUCAAUUAUCAAAUCUUCGUGUUAAUAGUUUAUCUGCUUAUUUUCAUAAAAAUACAAAAACUUGGCAUGGAUUAUCAAAAUUAAAUAUAAAAACUGAAAUAUCUAAAGUUGAAAUAGGUCAACAAGGAAUUCCUAGCAAAUAUGAUCAUGAAAAAGAUUAAAAUUUAAAUGUAAAUAAAUAUAUAUGUAUAUAU